CACCAGCCCUUGGAAACCAUGAAUACUUCCCUAUUGGUGUGUGUGUUGGUGUGAGGGAACUCAGCUGGUGGGAAUUCAAACAGCUGUCAGGGGAGCUUUAAAAAGCCAGGAUAGGAAAAAGUGAACAAGGAGGAGGGAGAAAGAACAAGAAAGAAGAGAGAGAGAGAGAUGGAAGGAGUGUGCUCAGCAUCACCAGACCUACAUUUGUCUGUGCUCAGUAGCUCCUGACAGACAUAAAACAUCCUUGGACACUCACCACGGGCCUGUCACCACACUGCAGUGAGGAAGGUGGGAAGUUGUAUUUUUCGUAGGGCUGGUACUGUACUCACCCUCCAUACCACUCUGCCCAACACUGGGACCAUGAGUGCACAGCCCCCUGCUAAGGAGGCCGCUCCCUGUGAGUAUGCUGGCAUACUAGGGGACAGCUCGGAGUCUGACCAAGAGCCCAGUCCAGAGGACCAGCUGGCUGCCUCCUGGGAGAACCUUCCUAUACUGGAAAGACUGGGCCUCAGCAUUGGUACAGAGAUGACUGAAGAGGAGCUAGAGAGUGCAUUUACCCAGCUGGCUCUGGCGUUCCGUUGUAACCAGUACACCCUGGCCCAGAGACUGCAGGCUGAGGAACACGACAGAACCGUGGCCCAGGAGAACCUCAACCUGGAACUGGAGAGUGCCAGAGACACUCUGCGGUCUCUGAGAGGUAGGUGUGUAGACGCUGAGCGGUCAGAGAUGCUGAGUUGUAUCGAGGCCAGUCUAGGCACAGUGCUGGACGGCGUGAGUGACAUCAUCACUGCUGCUGAGAUGCUGGGGGUCGUGCACCAGGAAGCACGUGUUUGUUGUUCUGUGGAAAUUAUGGAGGUUCAUGUGGAACACCUGAAGCGUCAACAUGCUGUGGAGAGCGCUGAGCUGCUGGAGACCAGAAAGCGGCUCCACCGCAGCCGGGGCAGGAAUCACAGUGACUCAGAGGAAGGAGACGUCAGGAAUCGGUUUGUCAGACGAGACUCCCUACAGACCCUCACUCGGCGACGAGUCAGCGUAACACUAAUCCCAACGGGGUCCCAGCUCAGCGACCUAGAAACCAAGUUCCAGGAGGGUUGCAGGGCUGAUGCUGACACUGACAGCCUGGGGCCAGAAGUAGGCAGUGUGAACCAAGCCAGCAGACCCCCUGAGAUGAUGUCCCCACUGGCAAUCCCAUCCCCCCACUCCACCCUCCUCAUUACACAGAGCUCCCAUAGCCUGGAGGACGAGAGCGAGAGAGCCCCUCACACCAGUUCCCUGCAGAUGACGCUGCGUCACAGGCGGAGGUCUGCCGUCCUGGAGCGUGAGGCCGAAGCUGAGGGGUCAGGGGUGGAGUCAGCAACGGGGUCAAGAGCAGGGUCAAUAGUUGGCACAGCCGAGCCCAGUGAGCUCUCUAUGGCCGAAUCGGUAUUCACCUCAGAGCCGCGAGUGGUUCUGGCAGAGCAGAAUCCCCGAGCUUCCUGGCUGUCUUACUGUCUCUGGGUCCUGGUGGUACUGCUCCUCUUGGCUCUCUCUUUCUUCAUCUUGCUGGGGUUCCUACUCUGGGGCCUGAGGGUUCCUCACCACAGCCCUAGCUUCUGACAUCUCACUUCUGCAGCACUGUCUCAGCUCGACACCACAGAGUUCUGGGUUCCACAAUCUGUGUUCUAAGAUAUGACUUCUGUACCACGGUUCUGAGCUACCCACCGCCUCCAUGGACUGGGCCCACACUACCUGCGAUAAUAUGUUGAACAAAUUGCUUGCACUCUACCUGUAAUAUGAUGGAUGUAAUAUGUUCUAUGAUAUCUGUGCAUAUUAUUUGUGUUGUCAGCUGUGCAUGACAAAUUACAUGAAAUGAACCAAAUGGAUUUUUGUAUCUGUGUUUAAAAUCCAAAUCAAAUUGUAUUGGUCACAUGCUUUGUAAACAGCAGAUGUGGACUAACAGUGAAAUGCUUACUUAUAGGUCCUUCCCAACAAUGCAGAGAGAAAGGAAAUAGAGAAAUAAUAGACAAGCCAAGCAGGAAAUAAUACAUACAAUAGAUACGAUAACUUGGCUAUAUACAAGGGUACCAGUAACGAGUCGAUGUGCAGGUGUACAAGGUAAUUGAUGUAAUAUGUACAUGUAAGUAGGAAUACAGUGACAGAUAGUGAACAGUAGCAGAAGCGUAUGUGAUGUGUCAAAGUGAGUGCAAAAAGGGUCAAUGCAGAUAGUCUGGGUAGCUAUUUGGUUAACUAUUGAACUAUUUAGCAGUCUUAUGGCUUGGAGGUAGAAGCUGUUCAGGGUCCAGUUGGAUCCAGACUUGGUGCAUCGAUACUGUUGCUGUGCGGUAGCAGAGAGAACUAUCUAUGACUUGGCUGGCCGGAGUCUUUGACAGUUUUUAGGGCCAUCUUCUGCCACCGCCAGAUCUAGAUGUCCUGGAUGGCAGGGAGCUAGUCCCCAGUUAUGUAAUGGGCCGUACACACUUCCUUCUGUAACACCUUGCGGUCGGGUGCCAAGCAGUUGCCAUACCAAGCGGUGAUGCAGCCGGUCAAAAAUGCUUGCGAUGGUGCAGCUGUAGAGCUUUUUGAGGAUCUGAAGGCCCAUGCCAAUUCUUUUCAGCCUCCUGAGGGGGAAGAGGUGUUGUGCCCUCUUCACGACUGUGUUGGUGUCUUUGGAUCACGAUAGAUCCUUAGUGAUGUGGACACUGAGGAACUUGGCACGUCCUGUGCUGUCCAGACUCAAACGGUCAAGCUCGUAUCAAACUCUUUAUUUGUCUUUGGGGUGGGCCCAAGGCACCAUCAGCAGAGCUGGGGCACGUUGGAAAAUAUGGCCAGACAAAAGUGCAGAGCCUUUGUUUCUGCAAUAUGCACCAGCCGGUGCGACAGGGAUGAGUGAAUGAAAACUCUUUGUCUUUUGCUUAUUAUGUUUCCCACAUUCCAAAUCAGUGUCUGAAUAUUAAAGCAGUGCGCACAUUGUUACGGGUCCUGUUUUCUCUCUCAAAUGACACUGGAAUACUCAGUGUCUCCCUAAGUCCAGAUGCUCAUGUUAUUCUGAUGACCGUCAGAGAUAGACAAAGCUUCACGCUGGUUGACCCUGGCUAUUAUCGCUAAAUAGUAGGAAUGAUGACAGCUUUGCACAUGCUAGGUAUUCUCUCAACCAGCUUCAUGAUGUAGUCACCUGGAAAUCAUUUCAAAUAACAGGUGUGCCUUGUUAAAAGUUUAAUUUGUGGAAUUUCUUUCCUUAAUGCAUUUGAGCCAAUCAGUUGUUUUGUGACAAGGUAGGGUUGGUAUACAGAAGAUAUCCCUAUUUGGUAAAAGACCAAGUCCAUAUUAUGGCAUAAACAGCUCAAAUAAGCAAAGAGAAAGGACAAUCCAUCAUUACUUUAAGACAUGAUGGUCAGUCAAGCCGGAAAAUUUCAAGAACUUUGAAAGUUUCUUCAAGUGCAAUCGCAAACACCAUCAAGCACUAUGAUGAAACUGGAUCUCAUGAGGACCGCCACAGGAAAGGAAGACACAGAGUUACCUCUGCUGCAGAGGAGAAGUUCAUUAGUUACCAGCCUCAGAAAUCUGCAAUGAACUGCACCUCUGAUUGCAGCCCAAAUAAAUGCUUCACAGAAUUCAAGUAACAAACAUCUCAACAUCAACUGUUCAGAGGAGACUGUGUGAAUCAGGCCUUAAUGGUGAAAUUGCUGCAAAGAAACCACUACUAAAGGACACCAAUAAGAAGAAGAGACUUGCUUGGGCCAAGAAACACGCGCAAUGGACAUUAGACCGGUGGAAAUCUGUCCUUUGGUCUGAUGAAUCCAACCGCUGUGUCUUUGUGAGACGCAGAGUAGAUGAACGGAUGAUCUCCGCAUGUGUGGUUCCCACAGUGAAGCAUGGAGGAGGAGGUGUGGGGGUGCUUUGCUGGUGACACUGCCUGUGAUUUAUUUAGAAUUUCAAGGCACACUUUACCAGCAUGGCUACCACAGAAUUCUGCAGUGAUAUGCCAUCCCAUCUCGUUAGUGCUUAGUGGGCCUAUCAUUUGUUUUUCAAUAGGACAAUGACCCAAAACACACCUCCAGGCUGUGUAAGGGCUAUUUGACCAAGGAGGAGAGUGAUGGAGUGCUGCAUCAGAUGACCUGGCCUCCACAAUCAUCUGACCUCAACCCAAUUGACAUGGUUUGGGAUGAGUUGGACCGCAGAGUGAGGGAAAAGCAUCAUGCAUAGUCCUCAGCAUAUGUGGGAACUCCUUCAAGACGGUUAGAAAAGCAUUCCAGGUGACUACCUCAUGAAGCUGGUUGAGAGAAUGCCAAGAGUGUGCAAAGCUGCCAUCAAGGCAAAGGGUGGCUACUUUGAAGAAUCUAAAAUAUGUUUUGAUUUGUUUAACACUUUUUUGGUUACUACAUGAUUCCGUAUGUGUUAUUUCAUAGUUUUGACGUCUCAGUAUUAUUCUACACUGUAGAAAAUAGUAAAAAUAAAGAAAAACGCUUGAAUGAGUAGGUGUGUCCAAACUUUUGACUGGUACUGUUAUACAUACAUAAUGUUUCACUCUUAUAUUAGUAUGUACUUGAAAAUACAGAGUGUUUCACAACAUUAAGACAUCUUCAUAAAAUGUUUUUAUUAAUACAAGUGUCUAUCAUUGUUCUUUCACUUUGAGAAUGUAGAGCAGGUUGUGCAGAUAGGUGUGAAUACAAAUUGAAUCCCAUUUUACAUUUAAUAAUAAGGCAGCAACAUGUGAAAACGGCAAGGGGUGUGUAGACUUUCACUAGGCACUGUAUAUACUUGUUUUUUCCAUAACAAACAUAUAGGACCGUUAAGAGCAGACAAUUCUCAUCGCCACACAAACCAAACCUCUUCAACCCUCCCUUAACCCUCCUUGUUAACCGCUCCCUAUAUGGAGAUAAUAUAGGAUCACAUAUCUAAUAUAUAUGAUUACUGGACCAUGAGCCGUAUCCUCUGAAACCCCACCACCUCUCUCAGCCACAACGACUGACAUGCAUACAUAUAUAGAAUAUUAGUUACAGAAGACGCUAUGCAGGCUCUCUCACCCAACCCCUGCACACCUAACCACGGUCUCCUGAAAAUGUUAUGUCCACUCCAGUGAGUUCGUAAGAUCAUGUUGAUUCUGGCACUGCAGCUCAUGGUCUUUAUGCAGUAAAGCAGGAAAUCUAACAAUGAUACGAUCCCUGCUAAUAGCACCAUGGUGAGCGCAUCACUUACUGCAUUAGCUGGUUGGCUGUGUCGCUAAUCUGCUAAGUGUGGCUAUCAAUAUCCUGGCAGCCAUUGAAUGACAAAAGGUCCAGUGCUGUAUCCAGUGCAUCCAGCCACUGCUGCUGAAAUUAGGCUAAAUUAAGUCAGAGGGCAUCUAAGACUAACCUAGCGCCGCCUUCUUUCCGGAAGAGCAGGGACAUUCUGAGGCUGCUAAAACCUCAAUUGAACUAUAUCCAAAGCUGACUUCUAAUUUAACAUUGACAUUUUGUGCCUAACCAUAUCCUGUUUUGACCAUUGUCCUAAGAAUAGUGGGUUGGGAUGACUUUAAUAUUUUCACUCCCUAUUAGUGCUGCACACAUUGGUAUUUGAAACGCAAAUGGGAGUGGCCAGCACCCCGCAAUCUCCCAAUUCGAACCCUGAACCUAGGGUAGAUGUAUGUGUCAUGGAUGAAACAUGUUAGAGAAUGCAGUUGCAGUCACAGUAUGCAUGCAUAUGUCCUGUACCGAAUUAAUACCCCUCCUUUGAUGCCCUUUGUCUGUCAUUGUCAUGUCUGCCCCCGCUCCCCCUCUGGUGCACGAGACCGCCAGGCCACUCAACAUUAUGCAAACCUGUCACCAUCAUUACGCACAUCAACGCUACGCCGGACUAACCUGGACUCCAUCACGUUAUUAAUGACCUCCCCUAUAUCUGUCACUUCCUCUGUUUCUUUCCCGAGUCAGCAUUAAUGUCGUUAUGUGUUCCUUGUCCAAACGCUGUUUGUUUUUUGUUUCUUGUUUGUUUAUUCAUUAAAUAUU